AUGAGGACAUCCCUCAACACGGCCAAUACUGUCCCGCGGCGUGGUAGCAGCGCCGUGCAGGACUCGCUCUCUCACGAUGACAUCCUCUUCCCCAAAGUCUUCGAAGACGCCUGGGGCUCUGACAACUCUACCGACAGACGCUCCGAUCUCGAGCGCGCGCGCAUCUUUCUCCUGCGCUUCGUGAAAAUGUCUCCUGACACGAGGAUCAACGCUGAAGUCCAGGCCAUUGUCAUGGACCACAACAACGCGACGAUACCUGCCAUUGCCAGCGCCAUCCAGAUGCGCCUCUUUGGCAACAGCCAUGCCAGUUUUGCGACGACACCACUGAUGCAGUGUGUUCGCUUCAUGCUCAUCAAGGCCCGUGUUCCCAGCAUGGUCUUCUCCGAAAAGACCAAGACCAUCAUGGACUUCUUCUUCGACCCGUCCCUCGCCCGCAACCUCGAUCCCUCACCUGCGAAUCCCGUCGUCUACCGAUACCCCGCUGCGCGACUCAAGGUCGCCAUCGUCGGCGGCGGACCCACAGCUCUUGCUUCUGCCAUCUCCCUCGCCGAAAAGGGCGCCGGCAACGUCGAGGUGCACAUGUAUGAGCGCCGCUGGGUGCAAUGUACCGCCCCCGAUGGCCGCUCCUACGUCGAUUAUCCCCCCACCGCCAAGCGUCGCGACCAGGUCGUCACGUUACAGGAAUCUGUCACGACGCUGAUGAGCAAGGCAUCCCAGCAGGCCCUCUUUCAAGGUCGUCCUGAGCCCGUCUGGCCCGGCUCCGCCAACAUUCAGAUCCGCAAGGUCGAGGACCGCCUGCUGCAGCGGUGUCAUGCGCCCGAGUUUGAAGGCCUCAUCCAUCUGCAUCCCGAGGGGCUCUUGCGCGAGGACCUGCCCAGGAUCGGCGACUUUCAUGUCCUGCUGGGCGCAGACGGCGCUGCGUCGUGGGUCCGCAAGGACUACUUCCACGGCUACGAGAACGAGCGCGGCCGCAGCUAUGCGCUGGGUCUCGCGUUUGACCGCCCGGCCGGCCUGCCCUGGUCCCAACCCCUCAAUGUCUUUCUGACCCUUGGUCAGACCCGCUACCUCCUGAAUGCCAGUGACUUUGACGGCCGUGGCUACCUCAACAUGCAGCUGACAGAGGAGGAGUGGGACAAGAUGGUCUCGGUUGACGGCAAAUUCGUCACUUUUGGUAAUCCCGGCUGCUUGAGACGGCCAGACGGCUCGGUGCCCAAAGGCUUCAAAGAAAGUCAGGUCUUUGCACCUUCUGAAGACCGGGAGAGUCCACUUUGGAAGUCAAUCGAGGAUGGCCUCAAACUGUUUGGCUUCAAAGAGAGCGAGGUCAUCAAUGUUGUCCGUAUCCCCAUUGUCGUGCAGGCCGUCAGAGAGGGCGUCCAGCUUCUUCCUCCUGCCGACUCGAUGCUCAUCAACCGGCCCCACGCCCUCGUGGCUGUUGCGGGGGAUGCCGCCAUGACCGUCCACUUCUGGCCUGGCCGUGGCCUCAAUAGCGGCAUCAAGUCCGGCAUCGCCCUUGGCGACGAGAUUGUUCACGCCCUCAACAGCGGCCGCUUCAUCGGUCUGCCCCUCGACGCCAUGAAAGAGUACAACGAUUUCAUCAUGAAGCUCCAGGGUCGCGAGCACGACAAGCGCAGCAUUCCCAUCCUCAACCAGUCUGGCUCUCCCGAGAUGCUCGGCUGGCUGCUGAGCAAGGCCCAUACCGUACCCGACGAGGUGGCCAUCGAGUGGCUCAUCGGCGCCAUGACCCAGAUUGCCGACCGCCUGGAGCAGAGGUCCGACUGGGCGUUCCCGCCAGUGGCCAACGUCGAACCGCAGCUGCGCAUCGUGCUGCGACAGCUCCACUCGGUGACGCUGCGUGAGAUGGCCGUCAGCUUCCCCUGGCCGACGCGCGAGAUGGGUGGCGCCGAGGUCCUGCCCAUCCGGUCCAUGAAGCCCGAGGAGAAGCAAAAGUGGCUGCAGCAGCUCUGGGGUCUGCUGAGCGCCGAGAAGGUCAGAGAGACAGGGCACAAGCGCGUCUCGUCGCGGGACAACUCGGCCCUCAAGUCGCCGUCGGCCUCGCGGUUCGAGGCGCCGCGCAAUCCUGCAUCAAAGGUGCCUCGCGCCCCAUCGCCGUCGCCGCAAUUCCUCGCUCCUGAACCCCAAGGGGCGGCGCCGCAGCGCACCGAGUCCCAGCUAAGGCGGAGCAAUGCCGUGGGUAGGAGCCGCAGCAAUUCUCGUGCCGUCUCGCCGGGACCCGCAGAGACGAGUCUCAUGGUGCCAGGUGCUGGUGUCGAGUAUCCGCUGCCCCUGAGACCGCGGUCGCCAUCGGCAGGAGGCGAUGUCAACCUGGGAAGGCUGCUGAGUGUGAGCAAGAGGCCUGGGAAGGGCGUUUUGUCAGAUGCUAUGUCGUUGGCAUUAUUCCGAGUGGACGGGUCUGAUUAG